AUGUCCCGCCGUGCUCCUUACGUUGAGGAGUACUCAGACGAAGAAGAGCAUCCCAGAGCAUAUCGGCGUCCUGCACGCCACCGUAGUCGUCCUCCACCUGUCCAUGGCCGCCGCGUGCCGGGCCCAACUAGCAGACGUAGCAUAGACAGCCAUCGAGUUAGCUACGACUACGAGUCCGAUACCCCGACGAAGCCGCAUGACCAUUACCAGUAUGGGAGUGAAGAUGAUGGCCCACGUCGUCCCCGAACUGCUCACGGUGGAGGGGGCGAUAGGGGCGGGGGCCCGCCCAGGCGUCCGCCGUCUACAGAAGUCAUGCGUCUCCCGUGGACGAUGUGGAUGAACUCGAAUGCGAAAAACCACUUCGUGGCCUUCAUUGGCGAAUUCGUUGGCACAACUAUGUUCCUCUUCUUCGCCUUCAGCGGGACCCAAGUGGCCAAUAUCGGCAGCUCCUCGAACUCGUCCAACACAACCACAGGCGCCGAUACCGGUUUCUCGCCCGCCGUGCUGCAAUAUAUCGCGCUCGUCUUCGCCUUCUCACUCAUGGUCAACGUCUGGAUAUUCUUCCGCAUUUCAGGCGGGCUAUUCAACCCUGCAGUCACUUUCGCGAUGCUGUUAACAAAAGCGAUGACGCCCGUGAGGUUCUUUUUACUGCUCGUGGCGCAGAUUGCGGGCGCGAUUUUUAGCAGCUUUUUGGUUAGUGUGAUGUUUCCGACGCCGUUGAAUGUGAGGACGACGUUGAGCCAGGGGACGAGUCUCACAAGGGGCGUGUUCAUUGAGGCGGUUUUGACGGCGGAGCUUGUUUUUACCAUUUUUAUGCUGGCGAAGGAGAAACAUAAGGCGACGUUCAUUGCGCCUGUGGGUAUCGGCCUUGCUCUUUUCAUCGCCGAGCUGGUCGGUGUGUACUACACCGGUGGCUCCCUCAACCCAGCGCGGAGCUUUGGGCCUUGUGUCGUUACUGGGGUGUUUGACCAGGAGCAUUGGAUCUACUGGGUUGGACCCGGGCUCGGCGCGAUACUCGCUGUAGCCUUCUACAAGUUCAUCAAGAUCCUUAAAUAUGAGAUGACUAAUCCGGAUCAAGAUGCUGAUGAUAAGGAUAUGAAGGAAAAGCGCCACGAGUGA